AGCUAAAACCUAAAAAGGCUUCCGUCGUGAGUCUCACUCUGCCACCACCGUCGCGUUCAAUUCCAAAUUGGCCAUUGACGAGGCUGGGUUGUGCAAGAUGAGUUUGAUAUCCCAACAUGUUCGCACUAAAAACGAGGUUGUUAAGAGCAAGAGGGAGGUUGAAAAUGAUGUCAAGAAUAAUGGUACUCUGAAAGUGCGGAAGAGGAAGAAAGACUUCGAGGAUGAACAAGUGAAAGAAAUGAAGAAACUUGAGAGCUUUUUGUUUGGUUCUCUCUAUUCCCCUGUUGAGUUUGGAAAGGAGGAUGAAGAAGUGGAACCCGGGAAGGCUGCUGAAAAGGUUUCGGAUUUGUUCUUCACUGACCGUUCUGCGGAUAAUGUUCUCUCAGUUUACCAAAAAGAUGCUGACUUGUCUGAGGGAAAUCGUGGACAUGAUGAUGAACGUGCUUUGCAAAGGAAACCUGUGUGGGUGGAUGACGAAGAAGAAAAGGCCACUGUGAACAUAGCCAAGGUUUCCAGAUUGAGAAAGUUGAGGAAGGGAGAGGACGAGGAUUUGAUCUCGGGUUCAGAGUAUGUGUCAAGAUUGAGGGCUCAGCAUGUUAAGCUCAACCCAGGAACAGAAUGGGCACGGGUUGAUUCAAAAACGGAUAGAGGUUCCGAUGAUGAGUCGACUGAUGAUGAAAACGAAGCUGUUGUGAGCCGAGGUUUCGAGGAUUUGGAUGGUGUUCUCAAGACAAAUGAAGACCUAGUUGUGAAGAGUGGUGCAAAACUGUUGCCCGGACAUCUUGAAUACUCCAGACUUGUGGAUGCAAAUAUACAGGAUCCUUCUAAUGGGCCCAUAAAUUCAGUUCAGUUCCAUCAGAAUGGACAGCUAUUUCUUGCCGCUGGAUUAGAUCGGAAGCUUAGAUUCUUUCAAAUUGAUGGCAAGCGGAAUACUAAAAUUCAGAGCAUCUUCCUUGAAGAUUGCCCCAUUCGAAAAGCGUCUUUCUUGCCAGAUGGGUCUCAGGUUAUUGUAUCCGGAAGAAGAAAGUUUUUUUAUAGUUUUGAUUUAGUUAAAGCUAGAGUUGAUAAAAUAGGUCCUCUGGUUGGUAGGGAGGAGAAGAGUAUAGAGGAUUUUGAAGUAUCUCCUGAUUCUCAAUUGAUAGCAUUUAUAGGUAAUGAAGGUUAUAUAUUAUUGGUUUCAACAAAAACAAAGCAAUUAGUUGGUACACUAAAGAUGAAUGGAACAAUCCGUUCAUUAGCUUUUGCUGAGAAUGGACAGCAGUUGUUAAGCAGUGGUGGUGAUGGCCAUGUUUAUCACUGGGAUCUGAGAACGAGAACUUGCCUGCAUAAAGGUGUAGAUGAAGGUUGCAUAAACGGCACAGCACUAUGUACUUCACCAAGUGGGACUCAUUUUGCAACUGGUUCAGACAGUGGAAUUGUGAAUGUUUACAACAGAGAAGAAUUUCUUGGGGGCAAGAAAAAGCCUAUCAAGGCCAUAGAGAAUUUGACUACGAGAGUGGAUUUUAUGAGAUUUAAUCACGACUCUCAAAUAUUAGCAAUCUGUUCUGGCAUGAAGAGGAGCAGCUUAAAAUUAAUACAUAUCCCAUCCUAUACUGUUUUUUCCAACUGGCCACCGCUUAAUAAGAGUCUGUAUUAUCCUCGCUGUAUUGAUUUUAGUCCAGGUGGUGGUUUCAUGGCUGUGGGAAACGCUUCAGGCAAAGUGUUAUUGUAUAAGUUGCACCAUUACCAGCAUGCCUAAGGUGGAAUUUAGAGAGGUUUUGAGAGGUCGUAGUGUACUUUUUUGUUGGAAAUUUUGAGACUAUUUGUAUUAAUCAUUAUUAAACAAUGAAGCAUCAUGUGUUUCUUCUUCCAAGUUAGAAGGUACCAAGCUUCAUGUAUUUUGUCAUGAUUUUUUUUGGGAUUUAGCUGUCCUUUUCUGUUCAAUUUUUUAAAAUUAAUGUUCAUUUAGUUAUUUGUGUUA